CUCUUCCGGAAAUAUUGGACCACUGUCAUCUCUGCUUCGAUGAUUGCGAGAAUUUCGUUCUUCCCGGUCGAGCGACGAGCGCAAUGGAGCAGAAGUGGAAAAAUCUUAUCAAGACUCCAUCGUUCAUUGCAGACCACCUCCACCAUUUUAGUCAUCAAAACCCUUCUCUUCUUUUGCAACGGAUUGGAAGAAAUGGUUCUAUGCAUUUAUAUUUGCUCGAUCGUGAGUCGCAACUCCUUGAAUUUCCGACGCAAUUCCUUGAAUUUCAGAAGAUGGAUGACCUGUCUGAUGCUAAAAUCAUCUGUUCCAGUCAUGGCUUGCUCUGUGUUGAAAUAGGUAAGUAUCGUACGCUUCAUCAUUCCGUUUUAUUGUGGAAUCCAGCGAUUAGAGAGAUAAGAGAGGUGCACAGAACUAUUAAAGAUUUCGAGAGUUAUUACUCUUUUGGAUUUGGGUUUAGUCCCAUUGUUAAAGAUUACAAGAUAGUGAAAACUUAUGCUGCUCGGUUUCAUAAAGGGGUUAAACAAGUGGAAGUGUAUUCAUUAAGCACAGGGUCAUGGAAAGAAAUAGAACUGGGUAACUUAGAGCGUGUAACUCUUUUGGAGGAAACUGUCACUGUUAACGGGGUUAUGUAUUGGGUUGGAAUAAAGCUAGAUGUGGGGGGAGGGGAUAAAGACGGUAAUAAAGUUGUUUCCUUUGACAUGGCUACAGAAGUGUUCACCUUGAUGCCCUGUCCUGCUGUAGACAUUGAUUCAAGUCCAGCUUUUAAGCUUACUGCUUAUGACAACAAACUAGCUGUCCUUAAUCUCCCUUACAUUGGAACAUCUGAAUCUUCUUCUUUUGAUUUGUGGAUUAUGGAGGAGUGUGCAAGCCAUCAGGAAAGAGAUGGAGUUGGACUAAGAAAUAUAGGAGCCUCACCUAUCCAUUCUAUUUAGAUCCAGUGACUCUCUGGAGGAAUAAUAUUGUCUGCUAUGUAUCUGAAGAUGAAAUGGACAAUCACGAACUACAGACUCUUCUAUCUCUGCACCUGCUCCCCACCAAUGAAUUUGAAAUCCUAUUCAUCCGCCGUUGUUUUCUUAAUAUUGUUAAUUAUGUGGAAAGCCUUGUGCCGGUUUAUAAAGUUGAAGAUCCUAGAUCCUAAAUCUUAGAUAUCACCUUGUAGAUUUACUUUGCUACUCACUUUUGGUGGAAUCCUUGAUGGCCUUUCGAGAUGUUAUGUAGAAUGAUGAAUGUUAAUAUUCAACAAUAUAUAGUAUCGAGUUUCAAGUAGUUCUGCCUUCUUUCAGAUAUGGAUAUGUAAUAAUUUAGUUUUGGGCGUUUGGGUUAUGCGGGAGUAAUUGGUUUUUUCAAGUCAUUUUGUUGUGGAGAAAUGAAUUUUAUAUACUUACUUGUCUAUGUAAUUAGUAUUCCGUACAAACUUGACUCUGUUUGAUCAGCGUUACAUUCUUUAGAUAUUUUUUGCUGUUGA